GAGAAGGGAAGUGGUGAGGAUGCUCUAAAGUCGUCAUCGUGUCACUUUGCUCAUCAUUUCACUGCAUUCACACGCGCUUUUUUUUGUUUUUUCUCUGACCAGGAGUCAUCAUAACCUUCACAGCAAGAUGACUGCUAAGGAGAGACGGGCCUAGGAAAUGCAUUUUCUGUGAAGUGAAUUUGCUGUAAAUCACUACACCUGCUUAUUCAGUGCUGAGAGGAAAAAAGGAACUCAAUCAUCCUCAAAGUUGGAAGAAGAAUAGCACAGCUUCCCUCCGAUUUAGUUCUCUCAGUCUAAAAAAAUGUCAACUGCCAGUGCUGACAGCGGAGGAAGAGGAACCAAAACUUCCAAAGUGUCAAAGGAUCACAAAAAGCCCACAGCAGCUGCCCUGAAAGGAGCCAUCCAACUUGGAAUUGGUUAUGCAGUUGGAAAUCUCAGCUCCAAACCAGAUAGAGAUGUGCUCAUGCAGGACUUCUCUGUGGUUGAAAGUGUCUUCCUGCCCAGUGAAGGCAGCAACCUGACCCCAGCACAUCAUUACCCAGACUUUCGUCUGAAAACGUAUGCCCCGCUGGCCUUUCGUUACUUUAGAGAACUUUUUGGCAUCAAACCAGAUGAUUAUUUGUAUUCCAUCUGUAAAGAGCCUCUGAUUGAGCUGUCUAACCCGGGCGCCAGCAGUUCCUGGUUCUACCUCACCAGCGAUGACGAAUUCAUCAUUAAGACGGUGCAGCACAAAGAGGCUGAGUUUUUACAGAAGCUGCUUCCUGGUUACUAUAUGAAUCUGAAUCAGAACCCGAGGACGUUGCUGCCAAAGUUUUACGGUCUGUACUGCAUCCAGUGUGGUGGUGUCACUAUUCGUGUGGUGGUAAUGAACAACGUGCUACCCCGGGCCAUGAAGAUGCACUACAAAUAUGACCUGAAGGGUUCCUCGUACAAACGUCGUGCCUCACGCAAAGAGCAUUCCAAAUCCUCUCCGACAUUCAAAGACCUGGACUUCCAGGAGAUGCACGAGGGGCUAUACUUAGACCCGGAGACCUACAGUGCCAUGAUGAAGACCCUACAGAGGGACUGCCGGGUUCUAGAGAGCUUCAAAAUCAUGGACUAUAGCCUCCUACUGGGGAUUCAUAUGCUAGAUAAAAAGUCUCUAGGCAGAGGAAACAGAUGUGACAGCAAGAAAGGACAGAAGGUCCUUUACUCCACCGCCCUCGAGUCCAUCCAGGGAAACGUGAAGGACCCAGACCCAGUGGCUGAUGAUGACACACUGGGUGGAAUUCCUGCCAAACACAAAGAUGAGAACCUUCUCAUCUUUUUAGGAAUCAUCGACAUUCUUCAGUCUUAUAGGUUUAUCAAGAAGGUGGAGCACUCCUGGAAGGCUCUUGUACACGAUGGGGACACCGUAUCGGUUCACAGGCCCGGUUUUUAUGCGGACAGGUUUCUGAAAUUCAUGGGCACGACUGUAUUCAAAAAGAUGCAUCCUUUAAGAGGAACAUCUUCCAAGAGAAAGAGGAAUUCCCUUCACACGGCAAAGUCAGCCUCACAGGAGGUUUUGUCCCCACAGAAAGAGAAGGAAAAGGAGAAGAAGGAACACAAGAAGGCCCAAAGUAUGGACAAUCUGGAUGGAAAUUUUCACAGUUCCUCCAAACAUCCAGAUAUUCUUCUGGAGUCUGCUUUGGCGCUUGAGUCCACCCAAAAUGAUGAAGAGGACCCUGAAAACAGUGAAGCCAGACGGGCGUCCAGUUCAACAAUUGCUCUGGACGAUCCUCUGGCACCCCUCACCAGAAGCCAGUCAGACUCUGAACUCGAUGUCUACUUGUGAGAAGCCACCUGAACUCAUGAAGCACAACAUAAUGACAUCAGGACCUCAACGCAACUACAAGCCAGCAUCAUCAUGUGUCAUUUUGUCUCCUCGAAAGAAGAGGCAGGCAAUAUGCAAACUCCUUUGAAAUCCCAUUAUUAUCCUUCUCAGACUGAGUUACAGAUUGUAUGUUAGCUUAUUGAACCAAUAUUAUGAUGUAUGAAAAUAAAAACACUAUGGCGCUGCUUCUUCUAACUUCCCGAUAUUGUUCACUUUGCUGCUAGAUGAGACUUUAAGUUUUUUCCUGUUCUUGCUUCCUUGUAUUGGCUAAUUAUGUUCAAAGUGUUUAGAUUUCCAUGUGGCUGGAUCCCUAAGGAAUUCAAACAUAUGUUCAGAUAAAGGAAAAAUAAUUAUUAUUUCUGUUAUUUUCAAAUCAGGUUAUAUUCAGUAAUGUUAAGAGAUUGUUUUUGUUUCAAAUUAUUUGUAUGGAAAUGUAGAUUGGGCUGCUGUGCAUCCCUUUAUAAUGUAUUUGAAUUUGUCACACUGUGUACAUUGAGAACAUAUGCAUGCUAUGUUGGAAAAAUCCCAGUUUCCAUUUUGAGUAAAGAAAAUUGAGACUGUGGAAAAAUUCCCAAAAAGUUAGGUUAUUUUCUGAUUGACAAAAAAUGUUAUCUUGACAUGUAAAGCCUUUAGAUCAUCAGUAUGUUAGCGAUUUAAGCAUGGUGGCCUUUAACUUCUGCCUUGGCUGCAUUUUGCAACUAGUGCUGAUUGGCAUUGUGCGUUAGCUGUUAGCAUGGCUAAAUGUAAUAUUAAAUUAAGCUAGCAGCACCAUUGUGACUGUGGUACAGCUUCACAGAGCUGCUGUAUGGCAAGACUUCCUGUUUAAGCAUUCAACAUACUUUAAGAAAAAUAGAUAUGUCAUAAUUAUUAUCAUUAUUAUUUCCAGAUGUUGUCUGUGGGGUGGCUAAGUGUGGUGUUGCCUCACAGCAGGAGGGUUGUUCGUUCUGGGGGCUUUUUGUGUAAAGUUUCAAUGUUCUCUCUGUGUAUGCGUGGGUUUUACAUGGGUACUCUUAUUUCUUCCUACAGUACAAAACAGGUAUAGUAGGCUGACUAGAGACUCUAAGUUGAUCCUAGGAGUGAAUGUGAGUGUGUGAGAACGUUUGUUUCUAUUGUAUGAACUGGUAACUGGUAUAGCAAAUAGAUGGAUGAUCUUUUCUCAAACAACAUUUAUAUGGUAAAUCAGUUCAGUAAGUGAACUUUCUUUAUGUACACCCACAUAUUUUUGUGUGAUUUCUGUAGGCCGACAGUUGUAAAUGUGCUUGUAUUUGGUAAAUAAAUUGA